CCGACUUAUCUUGAGUGUUUCGCAAUUGUUCGUCCAGUCUUCAAUUUGGAUCCCACGAUGGGUUUUUGCGUAAAAGUCGUUUUUUUCUUGACCGUGGCUACGAUCGAUUAUUUCCCAACACAAGCAGCGAAAUUACCAAGUACAUUCGGAAGAUGUAGCAUCACCGAUUCAGAAUUCGACGAAUGUCUGAGAAAAAAUGCGGAAGAUGCCAUCAAACAGCUGAAGAAUGGUUCUCCAGAACUAGGUUUCAGCAGUUUUGAUCCUCUGGACAUUCCCAAAUUGGUGAUAGGAGAAGGUACAGGGCCUGUCCACGUUGCUCAGAACUUUAGGGACAUCAAGUUGUACGGACUCACAGGAUCCAUAGUACAUUCAGCAAGCGUGGAUUUCGAGAAAAAACAAUUCCAUGCUAAAUCAACAACUCCAGAGUUGAGACUCCAAGGGAUGUACAGUAUGAAAGGGAGGGUGUUGUUGCUGCCAAUAGUUGGAGAUGGGCCAUGUAAUGUUACAUUAGUGAACACCAAAAUAAACCACACCAUAUCCGCCCAGUCCUUCGACAAGAAAGGCAAAACCUACUGGAAAAUCACGGAUUAUACGGUGACUUUGCGCCCGGAUAAGGUGACCUUCAAAUUCGACAACCUCUUCAACGGCGACCAGCGGUUGGGCGACGAGAUCAACAAAGUGCUCAACGACAAUUGGAGUGAGCUGUUCACCGACGUCAGAGGAGGCUACGAGGAGAGUUUCGGGCUGAUUUUCCAGGGGCUAGCCGACAGGGUGUUCUCCAGGGUGGCCUUGAAAGAUAUAUUCUUGGACAUGAACUAA